ACACCCGUAUAUAUUUAUUUCAAUUUACUCCGGAUCUCAUCAUCUCAAAGCUUCACAUCGAUGGAGGGCUCGUCUAAAAAUAAUAAGCGAAAAAAAAUAGAUGAGCAUAUGAAGAAAAACAAGAAGAGACAUGUGAUCAACAAUAGUAUUAACUUAAAUCCUGAGGAAAAGAAGAUACGCGAAAGAACUGAGAAAUCCGGGCAGGAGAGUUUCGGAGUGUUUGAGUUUCCGUGGAUGAAAGAUAGCAUGAUCUCCACCUCCCUUGAUUGGAGUCUACCGGGAUCUCCUUUUCCGUUCAUAGAUGAUGGAAAUGACAUGUUUGAAGGGAGUAGUGAACUGAGGUUGCCAGUGAAAAGGUUUAGUAAUGAUAUGUUGGAGUUUGAGGCAUUUGAAUUCAUUUGGACUUCUAUUUCCGAUUAGACUGAAAAUUUUUUUUUAACGUUGUACUAAGAACAGCGUUGAGGCUGUCCAGAACCAAACAAGAUUUCUGAGGAUUUUUUUAUUUCUUUUCUA